UGAAACCACAAGUUUAAUUCCCUACGGCCCACAGGCACUCCUCGCGACGUGUCUCUCCAUGGAUACUUUUUCGAGCUCCGUCUCAACCUUCAAAGUCCCUAACUUUAAUUCAACACCUCGCGAGUUCGGUCGCUGGAAAACCCCCAACAGACACGGCCAACUUCCUACAAGGUCUCCACAAUGUUCAAGUUUCUUCUCAAGCGCCAGAACCACCACCAAAACCAACUCUUUUACUCACAAAAAACUCACGUCUCCAUUCUUCCCCACCUCUCAAGCGUCACCUCUCAUUUCAUCUCCUUAUUAUGUCCAUUCAAAACAAGCCAGCGGGUACGCCGCAGCUCUUCUGGACAUAGCCCAGUGCAACACCUCACUUGAUGCAGUGCAAAAAGAUGUUCAGAAGUUGUCAAAACUGCUCCACCACGACCAUGUCCAAGCUUUCUUGAGUGACCCUUUUGUUGGUGACGAAGAGAAGGGAAAAGCAGUGAAGGAACUGGUUAGAAAAGGGAAGUUCAACAAGCACCUGGUUAGAUUGUUAAAGAUGCUGACCAAGAGGAAGGAGUUGGGGAUGGUAAGUGAAGUGUUGGAGGAGUUCGAGAGGAUUUAUGAUGAGUUAAGCGAGACCAAAGUGGUUUGGAUUUCCUCAGAGAAGAAGAUAAAGGAAGACAGGUUGUUUAGAAUUGCCAAGAGGGUGCAAGAGCUUAGCGGAGCUGUGAAAGUCAAGGUCAGGAAUUUGGUUAGAGACAGGAUACCAGCCGUUGCUGUAUAAUUAAGAUGCAAUAACAAUGUAAUUAGUGCUGUAUCAAUUUGAAUCAUUGAGCAGCGGAAUUUCCUUUUAAAAAAGGAUAUUUGGUUUUAUUUUAUCCAAUAUAUAUAAUCCUUUUAAAAAA